AAGAGAAAACGCAUAAUUGAAAGUCGUGUGAAACGCAAUUCCCCUCUCGGCCAGUCGCCGUGCUCUUUGGGCUAGAAUUUGGUGCUCCUAGUCUUCCCUUAUCUGUUUCUCAUCCUCACCUUAAACAAUCCAACACUGACGUUCGUGUUGUCCUGUCCUGUUUCUGUUCUGUUCCUGUUUGUAAUAAUUACAGUUAAAAUGUAAAAACUUUCCUAUGCGUACAUAAUGUUUUUUUUCCCCUUGCUCCGACAACAACCGAAGAAACAUGCUUUCUCCGACGACACAUAAGGAGGCCUAAACGGCGUCGUCAUUACGUGAACCCGCCAGACUGCAUUGAGUUUCGUGGAACAUGAAGUUGUUCAAUCCUGUACCAUUGCCUGUAGAUCCGAAGAGUAGGAGAUCGUGUUUUUGUAGCUUUCUUCCUGCAGCUUCUUUUCUUUUUCUAGUUUUCUUCAUAGGAAGCGCAUUCAUAGUUCCAGAUUACAAAGAGAAAUUAUCAAGAUGGAGAAUAGUUGAUAGUUUCCAGAAUUUAAAAUUCGUCACUUGCAAGAAUCAAUGCAGGCCUCCUGGAAGCGAGGCAUUACCUGAAGGCAUUGUUUCACGGACUUCCAAUUUGCAAAUGAGACCAUUAUGGGGCUUUCCAAAGAGCAAUGAAAAUUCUUCAAGUAACUUAUUUACACUGGCUGUUGGAAUAAAGCAAAGAGAUAUUGUUGAUGAGAUGGUCAAAAAGUUCCUAUCAAGUAAUUUUACUGUAAUGCUUUUCCACUAUGAUGGCGUUGUUGAUGAAUGGAAGGAUUACAAGUGGAAUGAUCAUGUUAUACAUGUUUCUGCCCACAAUCAAACUAAAUGGUGGUUUGCAAAACGUUUCUUGCAUCCUGAUAUUGUUGCAGAGUACAAUUAUAUUUUUCUCUGGGACGAGGACCUUGGGGUUGAAAAUUUUGACCCUGAAAAGUAUGUAUCAAUUGUUAAAAGCAAGGGGCUUGAGAUAUCACAGCCCGCACUGGACACUAAUCAAUCAGAGAUACACCAGCAAAUUACUGCACGCAUGAGGAAAUCAAUAGUGCACAGAAGAACUUUCAAGCCUGGAAUUUGUCAUGGCAAUAGUACUGCUCCUCCAUGCACAGGGUGGGUAGAAAUGAUGGCCCCUGUUUUCUCAAGAGCUGCAUGGCGUUGUGUGUGGUAUAUGAUCCAGAAUGACUUGAUCCAUGCUUGGGGUCUUGAUUAUCAGCUUGGUUAUUGUGCGCAGGGUGAUCGAAUAAAAAAUAUUGGUGUUGUGGAUGCUGAGUACAUAGUGCAUUAUGGUCAUCCUACACUUGGAGGAACAGAUGAAAAUAAGGAAUCAUCUCAUUCCAAUAAAAGCGAUCGUAGGCUUGAAGAUCCAUCUCAUUCCAAUAAAAAGGAUCCUAGACUUAAAGUAAGGAGGCAAUCCUUCGUUGAAUUCAAAAUAUUUCAAAAACGAUGGCAAAAAGCAGAAAAGGAGGACAAAUGUUGGAGAGAUCCAUACAAACAAGCAGAGAAACAAAGCUUGCCUAGCUUUCAUUUAACCCCUAGAGUUGUGUAAUUAUGUACUAUGCACAGUAUUGAUGUUCCGAACAACGGAUGAGACGACGGUGUAAGAUUUUGUCCAGUAAUUAAUAUUACUAUCUGAGCCAAAAUCAAUUCUUUUAA